ACUCUUCCUCGUCUCGCGGUUUCCGAUUCUGCGCAGUGGAGCCCGAUCCACUUUUGAUGAGCAUUUUGAGAGCUGUGCGGAAAAGCUGAUGAAGUCCAGAAAACUUGUAGCAAAGUAGCGAUUUGAGCAACGAUGAGUGAUCCUGUCGUCGACAACGCCGUGACAUCGGGCAAUUCUUCGGUUGCGAUUCCGACAGACAUCAGCGGGCAAAUAUUAGAUCUAGAUGAAGACGAUGACUUGGAAGUUUUCAGUAAGGGUACGACUCUCACAGAGGGGAGCUCUUUCAACGCCUCCAUGCAGACCUCCCCUGCUUCAAUGAUCAACCAGUACAAGUUUGAGGAAGAAGAGGGAGACGCUGACACCAAAGAUAUUUUUGUCACAGUCGAUAACCCAGAGAGUCUCGUGACGGCUAUUGAGACAUACGUAACCUACCGGGUCAUGACCAAGACCACACGGAGCGAGUUUGACGCGAGUGAGUUUGAGGUGCGAAGACGAUACCAAGACUUCCUGUGGUUAAAGGGACGCCUGGAAGAGGCUCAUCCCACGCUCAUUGUUCAUCCACUGCCUGAGAAGUUUGUGAUGAAAGGAAUGGUGGAGAGGUUUAAUGAAGAUUUCAUUGAGACGAGGAGGAAGGCGCUGCACAGGUUUCUGAACAGAAUAGCAGAACAUCCAAUUUUCUCCAGCACUGAGGAUUUUAAGAUCUUUCUCACUGCAGAAUCUGGGGAGUUGACCUCUCAUAAGAAACAGGGUCCAAGUUUUCUGAGCCGGAUGGGGGAGACGGUGAAAGCUGUCGCUGCUUCAGUCAGAGGGGUCAGAAACCGGCCUGAGGAGUUCACUGACAUGCAGGAGUACGUGGAGGCCUUCACUCAGAAGAUCGGCUCGCUCGAUAAAGUUAGUCAAAGGAUCGUCAGAGAGAAGAAAGAGCACCUGGAGGAGCUGAAGGAGUGUGUGCCGAUAUACACGCUGUGGUCCCAGUCAGAGGAGGAGCUGGCCGAGCCCCUGAAGAGCAUGGCAGGCUGUCUGGACAGUUGCUGUAAGGAGACAGAGGAACAGGUCAAAGAGCUCAAUGAUCACCUGAUUCCAGCCCUUCAUGAGUACGUCCUCUGCACUGAGACGCUCAAGGCGGUACUAAGGAGGCGAGACAACAUCCAGGCGGAUUUUGAAGCAAAGACUGAAGCUCUUGCCAUGAAGAAGGCCGACAAGGAUGCGGAAUCUAAGGUGCUGAGUUUAGCAUGGGACAGCUUGGUGGGACGAUCCCCCGAGGAGGUCAAACAGCAGAAACAGCAGAAACUUAAGGGUGAGAUUAAGGAGAUGAGAGAUGAGCUGGAUAAGAUGGAGGACCGGCUGGAGUGGGCCAAUAAUGCACUCAAGAGCGACUGGACCCGCUGGCAGAAGGUCAUGAGAACUGACCUACGAUCAGCCUUCGUCGACACAGCAGAGAGGAACGUCAACUGCUAUGAAAAGUGUUUGGCUGUAUGGGAGUCGUUCUUGCAUUCUCAAAGGACAGAGGCUGAAGGAAAUGGAGAGGUUGACUGUUCCUAAUCUCCCAUGGUGCUUUUAGGUAUACGGGACCACACAUGAUGCUUUUAUUUCUGCAGACACCAAUAAGAUUCAUAUUUAGAGACUGAAACACCAAAGAGAAAGACAGUCACCCUAAAAGAACAUCUAACAGCUUCAGCAACUGACCCAGAGAGAACCAUAAUGGAAGUAUAUUUUCCUCUGUCAUCAGUACAAAGCACGUUUGGUUUCUUUUGACAACAGGGAAAAAUCAUAUUGCCAAAUCUUUUAUACUGAGACCUAUUUUUCUUUUUUGUUUAUACGAGUACAACACAUGAGAUGAGAAAAAUAAUGCAAUUCCUGGAAAAUGAAGACACUCACAUUGUCUUUAUUGCACCAUCUGACCUUUCUAUCCAUAUGAUGUUUGAGAUUCAUAUGUCUUGCCCUUUUGCAGAUCAAUGCAAAUGCAGUUUACCUCUGAUCAGAGAUGCCUUGCUGCAAAAACCAUUCGAUUAGUGUAUGAAUAAAUAUAAACGCACUCUGAAUGGAUGCAUUUCUUGCAUUGGACUGAAUUCAUCAUUGUGCUAUUCAGGUUACUGAAGCUACAUCUUUAUGCAAACAUCAUAAAUUGAAGAUGAUGCUGACAUUCCAGAAUUGUUUACAUGAUAUUAAAAUCAUAAAUCAAAAGAAUUGAACUGUUGCCUUUGAAUAUGAAAUGAGUGUAUUGUUUUAGAUACUAUUAUUUGAAUGCGGUGCACUAAUAUCAUUAAGAGUAAUAGACUGGUUUAAAACUGCUUUUACAGAUCAUUAGUGAAAUGAAUGUCUUGGAAUUAUAUAUGUAUUCUUUGAACAAGUAAAUUGUUGUUGAAAAGAUGAUUGAAA